AUGCUCCAGGACGCGAUUCGAACGGCGCUGGACGGUCACCCCAUCUUUGCCGGACGGUUGCAAUGGCACACGGGCAAAGACCACCGUGCGGCGCGACUGGCCAUCGAGCUGGACAAUGACCGGUGCGGAAUUCCAUUCUGCACGCAAGAGUCGGAGCUGCACCUCGAUGCGGUCGUUCUCUCGUCGAGCGCAACGAUGUGGCAGGCCCGGUGGCCGCUCAGCACCAUCUUUGCCAAUCCAACGCAUGCGAGCUCGGUGCGUGCGAUGAUCCAACAGUCGACACCGCUGGUGUAUGUCACGCUGACAUAUCUCGCGCAUCACUCGGGCUCGGUGCUUUCGUUCGAGUUUGCCCAUUGCCUUGGUGACGCCGCGUCGUUUUACCACUUUCUCCUGCACAACAUCGUGGACUGGAACGGACCCUAUAUGCACUUGCACGCACGUCUGUCGUCGGUGACGCCAUCGUCGUCAUGGCUCUUUGUGACGCCCCAAGCGUCGCGCCCCGUCGCCCGCGCCCGCGGCGACCUCUGCGUACAAGGAAUCGCGUUUUGGCUCUCGCCAGACGACAUCGACGCGCUCAAGGCACUUGCGAACUUUGAACGCGCGAGCACGAACGAUGUCGUCUCGGCGCUCUGCUGGCAGCUCGUUGCAAACCAAGACGCGACCAAGACCACGUACCUCCGCGUCGUCGUCAAUUUCCGCCGAAUGCUCUGCCCCCCACUGCCAGCCAACACGAUUGGUAACAUGAUUUACGCGGUGCAUGUCCCGCCGCCGCCAACGGUCAACGUGCUUGCGCUUGCGUGUCGUCGGGCGAUCGAUUCGGCCAAGCUGAGCGCAGCGAGCGAGAUUGCGGCCGUCUACAAGAAAGCAGCGUCGUGGCCCAAGCUGUACUGGCACGCGCCCGAAGGCGCCGACGUCGUCGUGUCCACCACCCUCUUCUAG